AUAUCAUUGGAAAAAAAACCACUUUAGCAUAAUCGAGAAAGGAAAACAACAAAUGACGAACAAAACAACAGUUUGACACGUCUUGGUUUUGGUGUUCAUUUAUUUUCUGUCUUGUGUGUUGUGACUGCUGUGCUGUAGCUGUUAGAGUUGGAGAUUGGUAGACGAACCAACAGAAAACAUCGCAACAAAUUUGGUCUAAAAUUAAUUUUCCAAAACAGUUUUAUUAUUUUUAUAUCUAUUUAUCACUUAUUUGUUUCGAACUAAAUUAAAUACAUUUUAUUAUAAUUAAUAAUAUUAUGUUAUCAGUUUUUGUGAUGAGAAACAAAUUAUAAAAAAAUAAAAAAAAAACAUUCCACGCAGACAAUUUAAAACAACAACUAGAUUGCAAUUAUUAUUGACAAUGGACGAGACAUUUAUGUUAAUUCUUCUUGUGAUGGUCAUGUUGGUUGGUUCAUAUUUGGCUGGAAGUAUUCCGCUUGUAAUGAAACUAUCUGAGGAGAAAUUGAAGAUAGUGACUGUUUUGGGUGCAGGCCUUUUGGUUGGCACAGCACUUACCGUCAUCAUACCAGAAGGUAUACGAUCAUUGUAUUCAUCCGAUACUAUAGUUCCUGUCCAACAGAUUCUUCAAAGUAAACAAAUUAUUGCGAGCUCGGAAGAUCCAUCUGUUGUUGCACCUGAUGCAGCACAUCGCAGUCCUAUAGAAGUAGAUCAUUCAAGUACAAUUGGCUUGUCAUUAGUUUUGGGUUUUGUUUUUAUGAUGUUAAUCGAUCAAAUUUCACAAAGAAAGAGUGCCGCGAGUGAUCAUAACAUAACAGCUACUUUGGGAUUAGUAGUACACGCAGCCGCUGAUGGUGUUGCGCUAGGUGCUGCUGCUACCACCAGUCAUCAGGAUGUUGAAAUAAUUGUUUUCUUCGCCAUUAUGUUACACAAAGCUCCAGCUGCUUUUGGCCUAGUUAGUUUUUUGUUACACGAAAAAAUUGAGCGUCAACAGAUACGAAAGCAUUUAGCUAUAUUUUCUCUGUCGGCACCAUUACUAACGAUUCUUACUUAUUUUGGAAUCGGUCAAGAACAAAAAGAAACUCUAAACUCCGUAAACGCCACUGGAAUUGCGAUGUUGUUUUCAGCCGGAACAUUUUUAUUUGUGGCUACGGUUCAUGUGUUGCCCGAAUUGACGCAAGGCAGUCACAGUCAUGGUGGGGGAAAUUACGAUAGCAGUCCAGGUGUUGUAUAUACAUCGUUGGAAGCAGCGAAUUCUAGUAGUUGUGCUGUUAAUCGACAAAAAGGUCUUAAGAAUAGUGAAUUAAUUAUAAUGAUUUUUGGUGCACUCUUACCGGUUGUUAUAACCUUCGAACAUCAUCACUGAUAUUAAGUGAUAUCGGAGGAAAGGGAGAGAAAAACUUAUGUCUCAAGACUACACUGUUAGUAGUUACAAAAAUAAGAAUUCAUCAUCGGAUCCUGUUGAUUAAUUGUACAAAUUAACUUAAAUUAUAUACAAACAAAAUAAAUAUUAAUAUAUUUACUGA